GCCGCAACUUUUUCCUGGUUUCGAGUUCCAACGGUUCGCGUCUGUCCUUUUCGGAAGUCAAACUUCCGAAACCGCCCGUCGAUGUCUUCCAAGCAAUCAUGACUCCUCAUUGUCGUUUGGCUCCGGUGAACUCGAGAAAUAUUUAUAAAACUAGACCAGAGUGAGAAGAGGGAGAGAGAGUUUUUAGGUUUGGUUGGUGAAGGAUGGCGAGGUUUGAUGGGUUGUGGUCGAAGAAGACUCUGAUCGGCUUAGUUUUGGGGCAGUUCGUUUCGCUACUCAUCACUUCCACUGGCUUCUCCUCCUCCGAGCUCUCCAGACGAGGCAUCAAUGCUCCGACGUCGCAAUCGUUCUUGAAUUACUUGAUGCUCGCGUUCGUUUAUGGUGCUUUCGUGAUCUAUCGGAAGCGACGGCUCCAGAUAGAUUGGUAUUACUAUCUGAUGCUUGCAGUUGUUGAUGUGGAGGCCAAUUUUCUUGUGGUGAAGGCCUAUCAGUACACAUCUUUGACAAGCGUGAUGCUUCUGGAUUGUUGGUCAAUUCCAUGUGUUAUAUUUCUUACCUGGAUUUUCCUGAAAACGAAAUAUGGACUCUGGAAGUUUGUUGGUGUGGCCAUCUGUGUUGCUGGUCUUGUGUUAGUUGUAUUUUCUGAUGUACAUGCAAGUGACCAUGAAGCGGGGAGCAACCCUGUGAAAGGAGAUAUGCUUGUCAUUGCUGGAUCAACACUUUAUGCAGUUAGUAAUGUUAGUGAGGAGUUUCUGGUGAAGAAGGCAGAAAGAGUUGAGUUGAUGGCCAUGCUUGGCACAUUUGGAGCUGUUGUCAGUGCCUGUCAAAUAAGCAUACUUGAACGCAAUGAGCUCAAAUCUAUCCACUGGACGGCUGGUGCGGUGCUACCAUUUCUUGGGUUUGCAUUAGCAAUGUUCUUGUUUUAUUCUACAGUACCGGUCAUACUCAAGAUAAGCGGAUCGACAAUGCUAAAUCUUUCGCUGCUGACGUCGGACAUGUGGGCUGUUCUAAUACGCAUCUUUGCUUAUCAUCAGAAGGUUGACUGGAUGUACUUCAUAGCUUUUGGGGCUGUUGCAGUUGGCCUCGUGAUUUAUUCUGGAGGCAGCAAAAUAGAUGCAAACAUAGCCCAAGUUGCUGAGGCCAAGGAAGGGGAUGAAGAAUCUGUGGUGAACAAUUUGGUUCAAUGAUCUGCUACUGCAUCCAGGGACCCAAGACCUGGAGAUGUUAAGCAACAGUGCUCGGCUUCUGGUGAUGUUGCUAAAUAGGCUCUCAUUGUCGUAAAUAAGGUUGCCAAAGAAGCUUGGAUUAUGCUUGAAUAUAAUGACUGUGGAGUCCUCUAUAGUACAGGAAGGAUCCUUACUAUACAUCGAUGAGGAGCAGAUAGCAGUGGCAGCAAAGGCUGCUGUUGUAUUAUAAGGAAUGGUCAGCAUUUCUGGGGAAAUGGAUUGUGCCAGUUGUGUGUUUUAGGAUCUAACACAUCUGCCUCGUUCCAUUUUUUGUCUUCUGGCUGGCCACCAUGCCGAUAACUACAUUAUGAGUUUGUGACUUUUAUUGUAUGAUACAUGUAGCAUAACGUAGUUUCUUGCAAAAUUGAUCUUGCUUGUAAUAUACUUCUUUUCUCUUAUACAGAAGGGGAAGGGAAGAAAGAUCACUAUUGUAGUUAUUUCUGUUUUAUGGGUUCAAGAUGUGAGGUUUAUUAUAUUUGAUAUAUUUCCACUUAAA